AUGGAAGACAUCACCAUCACCCUCACCACCAAACCAAGUGCGUCUCUCAGGGCAUCUGUCUUCUCCGCCCAUCCACCAAGUACCAGUCGCAACCUCUCAGACGUCCUGGUAGUCUUUCUUAAUGGCCUGGUUCUGUCACGUAGGGCCUGGUUGCCGGCCAUAUCUCACCUUCUCUCCAGUUUCUCCGACAACAAUCAGCACCCUCCAACGAUAUUAACCUAUGAUCGUUAUGGCCAAGGAGACUCGGACCACGACCCAACCGAUGACCCCAAUACCAUCCCCUACAGCCAUGACGCUCAUGACAUCGUCUCCGAUCUCCACCAGCUCCUAACACAAUUCACCAGCUCGUCACCUCACCUCCCAAACCUGGAGUCAACCCGUCUGGUGUUUGUCUGCAACUCCAUUGGCUGCCCCCUGGCACGCCUCUACGCCCACGCACAUGCAGACCAAACACAGAUAUCGGCAUACCUCUUCCUGGAUUCGAUGAUAGCCAACACAGAUUUCGUCUCCAUCUUCCCAGAUCCCGACGACACUGGCUUCGACCCAGGCUCCUUGCCAAAAGGCGUCUCCCCGCAAGAAUUGCGAUACACGCGUUCACAGUUUCGCAAAUUUUUCCACCCGACGGUUCCCAACCCUGAACAUUUUGACCGAAGAAAACUGGCCGAGAUGUUGCCCUUUUCCGACAGCCCCUCACUCCCUCUUAUAGCUGCGCCGGGAGAUGAGAAGCCCAGCGAGAAGGCACCGCUGUUGACCGUCGUCGGUCAUGACUGGGAUGAGUUCGCUGAGCAGUGCGAGAAAGGCACCAUGGCUGUCCCGAAGCAAGUUAUCAACACUUUUAUGAACCCAACGUGGUCACGUUAUAAUGAUGGCCUCCUUCGUCUUGUCCACACCCCGGGAAAUUCCAAUACAGUGAAGGUUGCCAGCGGAUGCGGGCAUUUUAUACAAAAGGACGACCCGGAAUUUGUGGCCAGGGAAAUUAAACAUCUGCUUGACAACCUCUAG